AUGGAAAGAAGUAGAUGCCCUGGCUAUGAUACAUUUACUUUCACAGGAUUUAGAAAUUGGAAAAAAGUCAAUAAUGGAAAGAAUUGUGCCUUUUUGAAUCAUGUUGGGGAAGAUCCUUGCUCACCCCACAACAAUGUUGUGAAAUAUUGUGAUGAUCUAUUGAGUGAAUUAGUGCAUAUAGAUAAAAAGGAGAUUCUACAUGUUAUUGCUAGUAAAGUGCGGAGUAAGAUUCGUGAAGACAUUGGGGAUUCCAAAUUUUGUAUUAUUGUUGAUGAGUCAUGUUAUGAGUCAAAGGGAGAGCAACUGGCUCUUGUUUUGAGAUUUGUUGACAAUGAUGGCUUUAUACAAGAACACUUCAUUGAUCUUUCUCAUGUUAAAGAUAUUAUUGCAUUGACCCUAAAUGCUAUUCUUUCUCAUCAUUGUCUUAACAUUCAAAAUAUUCAUGGACAAGGAUAUGACGGUGCUAGCAACAUGUGUGGUGAAUGGAAAGGAUUGCAAUCCUUAGUUCUUAAUGAUUGUCCUUAUGCAUACUAUGUGCAUUGCUUUGCUCAUCGGUUACAAUUAGCAUUAGUUGCUGCAACAAGUGAGGUAAUCCUUAUCCAUGAAUUCUUCUUGAAUUUAAAUUUCAUUAUCACUACAGUUGGUUCUUCGUGUAAAUGUAAUGAUGAACUAAGAGCUGCUCAAGCUACAAAAAUUGCUAGAAUGUUAGCUAUUGAUGAACUUGAAAAAGGAACAGGGGCAAACCAAAUUGGGACUCUAAAACGGGCUAUAGAUUGUUGGGGGCCUCAUUUUAAUUCUAUUUGUUGCCUAGUGAGGAUGUUUGGUCCAACUUGUUUGGUGCUUGAAAAUAUAAAGAAAGAUGGGUCCACCUACUUGCAACAUGGAGAAAUGAUUAAUUCAUUUGAGUUUAUAUUUAGUUUACAUCUAAUGAAGGAAAUCAUGGGUAUUAAUGAUGUUCUUUGUCAAGCUUUACAGCAGAAAUCUCAAGACAUCUCAAAUGCCCAAAAUUUAGUUUCAGCAACAAAGGCACUCAUCCAAAAUUUGAGAGUAGAUGGUUGGGAUAAUCUUGAGAAUGUCAUAGGAUUCUCCAAAAUAUUUGAAAUUGAUAUUCCACAUCUAAGUGCUCAAUUUGCUAAAGGUAGAAGUCAUAAGAAAAGGGAUCAUGUUACAGUGGAGCAUCAUUAUAAUCUUGUUAUAUAG